GAUUUCGAGUUGUUUUGUGUUGGAUAUAUGUAGAAACGAUUUUAAAUAUGGCAAGACCUCUUUAACUUGGAUAUAUUUGAAAUCUUUCUAGGAAACAUGCUGCCCAACAACGACAUUGGAUCCCUCCUCAGCGGCUGAACGUCGACGUUUCUUAUAGUGGGGGGAUUAUUGCUCAUCGCAUCGCAUGGGUCGCACCGACACCACAUUCAUUCAAUCUCAUGCUUAUGCGUAUCGAGUUUUGCAUAUUGGCCCCCUAUUAGUGGUGCAUGUUGUCCAUCAAAAUUAUGAAGCGCUAACCAAAAACUGUGCAACGCCGCGACCUAAAUUACGAUCGACUCACUGAGUUACAUCGGGCGAGUCCACUCAGGCCAUGUACACCAGGAGAGCUUCGGCACUCGUCGCGCUCACUUCUCUGAGACGCGCAAUUAAGGUAUGUCGGAGAAAUCCAUCCGAUUUUCGCUGCUCCGUGGAAAUCCCUAAUUUUGUUAGAAGUUUCAGAACUGCCUCUGAAUCAGCUGACGCUUACAACAAUUUUGAUGGAGGUAGCGCUGAAAACCAAUCGGGUUACGUAAAUUUCAAUCGAAAUGAUAAGUUUUAUGGUGGGAGUUUAGGUGGAGUUGAACAGAACCAAAACCCUAGUAGGGUUUAUGGCCAAACUGGGACCGAUGGAUUAAAUUUAUCCAACACGUUUGCUAAUGGCGGCGGUAGUGUUCAGAAUCAAUCGGGUUAUAGUUCUUCGAGUUUUGAUAGUCGGAAUUAUGUCCGGAACGUUGUCGGCCGUGAGGCUGACCGGAUUCCGAACAGGCAGAAUUAUUGUGGGCAUAUGGGAAAUGGUACAUUCCAGCAGAAUGUGAGCUCUAAUGGUGGAUUUUCGGAUGCAGCGCCACUAAAUCAUGGUGGAGGGCGUUUAGAGAAUUCGAGAGGAGGUUCUUAUGGUGGAAUCACGGAUAUGCCGGUGAAAAAUGGUGGGAAUUCUGGAGUUCAUCCGCAAAAUGUUGUUGGGAGUUAUUAUUCUAAUGCAGGGAACUACCAGAGAAGUUUGAGUGAAUCUCAGAGUGGAGUAGUAAUGAAUGAUUUGGCUAUGAAUGCGGGAUCAGUUGAAGUUGCUCGAGGGAGUCAAUCCACUAGCAAACUGGAUGAUCUUGAUCAACUCACAAGGGAAAGGAAGCUGAAGGAAGCAGUGGAGCUUCUGGUACUGCUUGAGAAGGAAGGGAUCCGAGUUGAGCUGCCCCAGUAUAUGGCGUUGAUCAAAGCAUGCGGUGAGAAUAAGGCUCUGGCUGAAGCCAAAUCCGUCCAUGAGCAUCUUAUGAAGUCGAUGGUUAAUCUUGAAGUCAGAAUGUAUAAUCAGAUAAUUGAGAUGUAUUCCAAAUGUGGUUCCAUGGAAGAUGCUUUUACAGUCUUUAAUCAGAUGCCUGAACGUAAUCUGACGUCUUGGGACAUUAUGAUAUCCGGGCUUGCUAAGAAUGGCCAUGGAGAAGAGUCCCUUGAAUUGUUUGCAGAGUUCAAACAAUCCGGACUGAGACCCGAUGGACAGAUGUUUCUUGGGGUGUUUUCGGCAUGUGGCGUUGUAAGUGAUGUUGUUGAAGGAAUGCUGCACUUUGAGUCCAUGAUGAACGAGUAUGGCAUUGUUCCUGCUAUGGAGCACUAUGCUGGCAUAGUAGACAUGUUGGGAUGUGCAGGAUGCUUAGAUGAAGCCUCAGAAUUUAUUCAAAAGAUGCCAGUCAAGCCAUCCGUAGCGAUAUGGGAGACCUUGAUGAAGUUCUGUAGAAUACAUGGAAACGUGGCGCUUGGUGACCAAUGUGCUGAGCUUGUUCAGCUCAUUGAUCCCUCGCGCCUGAAUGAGCAAUCGAGGGAAGGCCUCAUACCACUAAAUGCCAGUGAUAUGGAUAAAGAGAAAGAGAAGAAGAAAUCGAUUGGUCAAGGUCCCCUCGAUGUUAGGCACAGAGUCCAUGAAUACAGAGCAGGAGAUAGAUCUCAUCCCGAUAAUGAAAGAUUAUAUGGAUUGCUGAGGGCGUUGAAGCAGCAUAUGAAAGAGGCCGGAUAUAUACCGGAGAUAAAAUGUGUGCUCCAUGAUGUUGACCAAGAAACCAAGGAGGAAGCUCUUAUGGCUCAUAGCGAGAGACUCGCAGCUGCACAUGGUUUCUUGACUUCUCCAGCGCGUUCCUCCAUACGUAUAAUAAAGAACCUUCGUGUGUGCAACGAUUGCCACAAUGUAUUUAAGAUCAUCUCAAAGAUAGUCGGCAGGGAAAUUGUUGCACGAGAUAGCAAGAGAUUCCAUCAUUUUAGAGAUGGAUCAUGUAGUUGUAAUGACUUUUGGUGAAGCAGACUGCUUAAUUUUGAGGUUCUUCAGGAUUUUUACCCUAUUCUCUGUCAUACAGAUAAACUUGCGCUGUAAUUCUUCUUCUUUCAACAAGGUUGAAAAUUUUGCAGUC